GUCCAAUUAACCAGGGUGGGGGUGGGGGGACCUUCAGCUAGCUUUACUGUUGAGUGCCAGCUCGUCUCUGUGCACAGCAACUGCAGACUACUACUACUACAAAAAAGGCAUUUGCUAGAGCUCCUCUCUGCUGCCUGCAGUAUAAGCCUGCUGUACGAUGCCUGCCAUGUUUAUGCUGAGGGACGAGAAGCCUUAUUUGGUCAGAUCUGUAGUCCUCCUUGCAGGCGGAUAUGCCCUUUACCGCUUGUGGAGACAUCACAGGACACCAGAAGGAAGAGGACCACUGAGGAAUGGUGUAUAUGAGACACAGCAAGCCCUAAAUGGGUACCUCCUCUUCCACUACGGUUCGCCCCAGGUGCAGUCGCUGUACAUCACAAACACAGCCACAGAGCAGAACUUCCCAUGGAGGUGUGCUAAGGAAUGCAUCAAACACAUCUCCCAACAGACUGGUGUUCCCAGCAGAGCCCUGGACAUUGGUUGUGCUGUGGGGAGAGCCUCGUUUGAAUUGGCCCGGGUAUUUCAAGAAGUAGUGGGCAUUGACUUCAGCCACUCAUUUGUUAACGCCUGCAACCAACUGAAAGAACAAGGCCAAUUCCCUUACACUGCCAUUACUGAAGGAGACUUGUGUGUUCAACACACUGCUGUGGUGCCACAGGGUAUUGAGCGAAGUCGGUGUCUUUUCAGGCAAGGGGAUGCUUGUAAUCUUCCUGAGGAUCUAGGAACCUUUGAUUGUGUCCUAGCAGCGAACGUGAUCUGUCGCCUAACAGACCCUUUUGCAUUCUUGCACAGACUCCCAGGGCUGGUGGCCCCUGGUGGAAUUCUUGUCAUUACAUCACCCUACACCUGGCUGGAAGAGUUUACGCCAAAGUCUCUCUGGCUGGGGGGAUACAAGGAUAACACCGGUAAGGAGGUGAGAGGAUUUGACACGCUGAAGGAGGUCUUCUCCUCACAUUUUGAGCUGCUGGCUGAGAAGAAUGAGUCCAUCCUGCUCCGGCAGACAGCACGAAAGCACGAGUGGUCAGUGGCUCACAUGACGAUAUGGAGAAGGGGAACCUGCUAGGAGUUAGCAAUCAUCUUCGCUGAUGAGUGUGAAAUAUGUUUUAUUGAAGAGUAACUGGCAUAAUCUAGAGAAGAAAUGUUGGCUAAGAAAGUUAGUGAUUUAGAACAGUGAAACAGGAGAAUUUAGUCACAUCAAGGCCAGUGCCAAGGAUAGCAUCACAGUCAUGAAGUGUUGACCACAAGACAAUGUUCCUGUUGACUCUCUCCACUAAUUCGCAUCAACAUUUUAACAGUAUCUUACAUUCCCUACAAGGGAGUCUGAGAUAAAGUAACAUAUCUGGAGUCAAUACCAUCAAUUUACCUGAACAAACUUGACCCCUACCUGGUUAAUAACUUUGUUAAGAUGCAGUUGUACAGAGCAGAGAUGAACUUGUUUUUUGAAUAGGAAACAGAACAAUAUGGCACAGGAACAGGCCCUUCAGCCCACAGUGGCUGUUCUGACCUUGAUGUCAAUUUAAGCUAAUCCCAUCUGCCCACAGAUGAUCUAAAUCCCUCCAUCUUUACCUGGUCACAUACCUUUCAAAAUGCCUCAUAAAUAUUACUACCACAUCUGCUUCUAUCAUCUCCCUGGCAGCAAGUUCCAAGCACCUAUCACUUUAUGAGUAAGAAUUGUCUCACAAACUUGCCUGUUGUUUGAAUGAUAGCACUAUAUUCUAGAAAUUGCUAACCCUACGGGUUGUGCUGAAGUUUUAUCUACUUAAGCAUUAAUCCAAGCCUUCCCUCCCACAUAGACCUCCAUUUUUUUUUCAUUCAUGUACAGGUGGCCCCAGUUUUUCGAAGGUUUGCUUUACGACAGUUCGCUGUUACAAAAGUCCUACAUUAGUACCCACUUUCACUAACCAAAGAGGAUUUUCGCUUUUACGAAAAAAAGAUGCCUGCUUUAUACGUCUUUACCCUGAGAAAGACUACCAUGACCGUGAAGCCUUGUGCGGGCAGUUGUGUGUGCAUGUGUGUACGUGCCGAUUUUUUUCCUCCGAAUCAAAUUUGGCUCGCUGUCUUCCCAAUUUUGAUAAGUGAAACUACACCGUACGUAAAAUAUUUCUACUCUAUAUAGGCUGUAUAUUUAUCAUAUCAUUCCUGCUUUUACUAUAUGUUAGUGUUAUUUUAGGUUUUAGGUGUUAUUUGGUUUGAUUUGGUAGGUUUUUUUUGGGUCUGGGAACACUCAAAAAUUUCUCUCAUAUAAAUUAAUGGUAAUUGCUUCUUCGCUUUAAGACAUUCCUGCUUACAAACGGUUUCAUAGGAACGCUCUACCUUCAGAUAGCGGGAGAAACCUGUACCUAUCUAAGAGUCUCUGAGAUGUGCCUGCCUUUACCAUUAUCCUUUGGCAGUGCACUCCAUGUAUCUAUCACUAUGUAAAAUAAAAACUACCUUUGACAAUCCCCUAUACUUUCCUCUAAUCACCUUGAAAUUACAUUUCCUUGUAUUAGCCUUUUCCACCGUGGCUGCCCACUUGAUCUAUGCAUCUUAUCGUUUUGUACACCUCUAUAAAAUCACCUUUCCGUAUAACCAUAUAACAAUCACAGCACGGAAACAGGCCAUCUUGGCCCUCCUAGUCCGUGCCGAACCCUUAAUCUCACCUAGUCCCACCUACCCGCACUCAGCCCAUAACCCUCCACUCCUUUCCUGUCCAUAUACCUAUCCAAUUUUACCUUAAAUGGCACAACUGAACUGGCCUCUACUACUUCUACAGGAAGCUCAUUCCACACAGCUAUCACUCUUUGAGUAAAGAAAUACCCCCUCGUGUUUCCCUUAAACUUCUGCCCCCUAACUCUCAAAUCAUGUCCUCUAGUUUGAAUCUCCCCUACUCUCAAUGGAUACAGCCUAUUCACGUCAACUCUAUCUAUCCCUCUCAAAAUUUUAAAUACCUCGAUCAAAUCCCCCCUCAACCUUCUACACUCCAAUGAAUAGAGACCUAACUUGUUCAACCUUUCUCUGUAACUUAAUUGCUGAAACCCAGGUAACAUCCUAGUAAAUCGUCUCUGCACUCUCUCUAAUUUAUUGAUAUCUUUCCUAUAAUUCAGUGACCAGAACUGCACACAAUAUUCCAAAUUUGGCCUUGAACAACUUUAGCAUUACAUCCCAACUUCUGUACUCAAUGCUUUGAUUUAUAAAGGCCAGCGUUCCAAAAGCCCUCUUCACCACCCUAUCUACAUGAGACUCCACUUUCAGGGAACUAUGCACAGUUAUUCCUAGAUCUCUCUGUUCCUCUGCAUUCCUCAAUGCCCUACCAUUUACUCUGUAUGUUCAUUCUCCUUCACUCCAAAGAGAAAAGCCCUAGCUAGUCAAUCUAUCCUCAUAAAACAUGCUCUUCAUUCCAGGAAGCAUUGUAGUAAAUCUGCUCUUUACCCUCUAUUAAGCUUUCAUAUGCUUCCUAGGUUGAGGAGACCAGAACUGAAGACAAUAUUCCAAGUGUGGUCCAACCAGAGUUUAUAGAGCUGCAACAUUAUCUCUUGGUUCUUGAACUCAGGCUACAUCCACACUAGACCGGAUAAUGUUGAAAAUGCCGGUUUCAUGUAAAAAUGAUAGGCGUCCACACCGAGCGUUUUUGAAAAUACCUCCAUCCACAUUAAAAUGGGUAUUUUGACGAAUCUCCUCCUACUGGACAUGCGCAGGAUACGUCUACAGAAAACAAGCAACAUGUUUGGUGUUGAAACUCGAUGUGAAAGUGAGUGUUUGUGCAGUUAACAGACUAGAAAAACUUAAAUGGAAAUUGCCAAAUGACAGACAGCUGUUGGCUCUUGCGCAAGAGGACUUAAAACUAAAAAAAAAUAAAUACUGGCGCGUAUAGAGGGAACCGACAGAGAGUUCACGGACAGUAUGACCUGGCUGACGAGGAACAUUGAAAAACUGACUUUUGCAUUAAUAAAGCACCUUGUUAAAUGUAUAAAA